AUGGUUGGGUUGAAAAGAUUCUUUCACACCGGCGCUUCGCCGAACGCCGGAGUCACUCCCAAUGUGACCAUUUCACGAGAUACUAGCUCGCCUUACAAUUGGAAUGGGCCUUCCUUGAACCCUUCUUCGAACCCUAUUACGCCGGUAAACCCCGCAGUGCCAGACCUCAAUCAGCACUUUGAGGGCAUCGAGCGACAGUUUGAAGAAUUACACGAGUCAUUCUACGACCGUACAAUAUCUUCCCUUCGUCAGUUUCGAUAUACUGGUUCCAAAAGCCCUUCGCCUUCGCGGAGCUCACGACACGUCGAUGUCAUCGAAGCGUUGUUCUCUGGUCAUAGGUACCGCAUAUCGCCUACAUCAUUGUCCCCAUCCACACCGUACAAUGAAGACGUUGCCGAUCGAAACCUUGAUACGCUGCCAAACAUUGUGCCAAGAAACCCGCGGUACACUCCCAUUGUGUCUACAUUAUACCAGGAAGAUGUGGCAGACCGCAACAUGACAACAAGUUCUUCGAGUCAGUACGGCGCUCGCUCCCACCGUUCUACUUCAAGACCCGAAAGUAGUAGAGGUAGGGGAUCCAAACCAGCUUCUCGUGGUCGACAUGCUGGAUCUUCACAAUCGCACUCGCGACCCUCCUCCGAAGCUCGUACACGCUCGAACUUGGCACCAUCAUCGCCGACUAGUCGGCAGACCUUGAAACCUCAAGCCUCGGCACCGGAUAUUAGAUCGCCCCAAAUCCGCACCCCGGAUCUUGCCAGCUUCCCACGACCCCCGACAUCAUCUGGGUAUGGAUAUUCGGCAGAAAAAGCCACAAUAGAUCCACGACCUACAGUCAAUGUGGCGCAAUUGAAACCCGACCGUGGUAGCAAGGGAUUGUCACUGUCGAGAAGACCCAGCCUUUCUCGGGCCGGCUCCAGCAAGAAUGUCCUCGAUCUUAGCAUUGACACUGGAAUUACAGCAUCGAAAAAGCCGAGUAUCAAAAUCGAGCACCGGGUUAUCCAACCCCCGACCCCUAAAAACCUUGAUGUUCCACAAGCCGCCAGUAUUGCAGAAAUUGUGAAUAGUCCCCUACCUACCGACACCGCCAGCCCUUUCAUACCCGAGUUUUCUCAUAACUACAAUGCCGAUGAAAUCAUGAACAUGUUCAAGCAGGCUUAUAUAUCGACACAGGUGGCUACCCCUGGCCAUCCUACCUUUGAGACAUUACAAGAUGCAAUAAUUCGUGAGAUCAAUUCACACGACGCCUUCCAAACUGUACCUGUACCGACAACAGAACCUCCAUUCACACCUCCGGCAUCAGACAACUCGUUUGAUGAGACAAUCCUUUUACCUCCUCCAGGACCAUCUCGAACCAGGAAGGAUCAAACAGAGAAAGAGGGCCAACUCUCCAAAAGGAUCCGGAGAGGGUCCUUCGCUCGAAACCGGGGUAAGAGCAUAUCAUCAAUCAAGGGCGGGGAGAAAAACUUGAAAAAAGAAAAAGAACCACUCUCCUUCAUUUCAAAAAGACGCCAUACAUACGCUCAACCUCCCACCCCAGACUGGCUGCGCAGCCUACAACCACCCAUCGACCCGCCUGCUGGUGCUACUUUCCUUGCCCCGAUCAACUCUAAACCACAAAUACCACCCCGCCACCCAUAUCAUGUCAAACGCAACUCUAAUCCCGUUCCUCCAUCUCCAAGUAUGAUGGCAUUUGUCCCUGCCGAAUCCCAACCCGAGUACCCGGGUUACCAGGCGCCCACUCCAAUCAAAUUUACUUUCACGUCAGCUGGAAGGGUGUCAUCCAACAGAGUCAAUGGCAGAAAAGAGCAGGCAAGGGCCCAGGAAUUCGCUGCCGUCGAUAGCAAUAACGUCAUGUACAUUCUCAAUCCGAAAGAAUCGGUCACCCCGCUUGACCUUAUAAAUGCAUCUCAGCAGGGAUGUGGCAGCCGUCAAAACUUGACUCUUAUGCCGUUCCAAGGACAUGGAAGCAAACAAUCAUGGGAAAACUCGCGGACAACAAGAGUGCCGAUGAGGAAGAGCAGCCUUGGUUCGGCAUCAUAA